AUGGCGGACCUCCUCGGCGACCCGGCGUGGCCGCAGCUCCACCCGCGACCCUACACCGACACGUUGUGGCCAGGCCUGCAGUGCGAGCUCGCGCCCGACGAAGCGCACGUUCUCCGCGCCAUCCGCCUCCACCUGGGCCCCGACGUCACCACCCCGCCCUGUAGGCCCGGGGCCAGGCUCGACCCCGCCUCGCUGCGCGGCCUGCCGCACCUCUGGACGCUCUCCAUCUUCGGUUGCUUCGGCGCCACCCACGUUGUUCACGCCAUCGUCCUCGCUCGAGCAGAUCGUGCUCAAGUCCAACCCCGGCCUCAUCGGCCCCAUACCGGCGACGUUGAUUCUUAUUUUGGUAAAUAUUGUGUUAUGCACAUCGAUGGUUACCAAUUCAUUGAUAAAUAUUGUGUUAUCUGA